AAACUGCAAGAAGUAAAGAAGAAGAAGAGGAAGAAGAGAGAGGGGAGAGAGAAGGACAGUUUAUUUUUAAAGGGUAAGAGAAAACACAAUCUCUGUGGGCAUGGCAGAUGAAUUCAGGAGUGGUGUAUGUGGAGGAAGUUGGUUCAACCCGUUGAGAACCACGUUCGGGUCAUCGCCUUGUUCUUCUUCCAUAGGAGAGAUAGGAAGCUUUGGAUGGUCAUCAAGUGACUUGGUAGACAUGAAAGUAAUAAGGUCUUGUAAUGAGUCUGGUCCAGUUUCUGAUGGGUCUGUACUCUUUCAGGAUAUGCAAAAGUCUCAGCAGUCGAGCCCGAUCGGCUGCGAUGGCAACAUCGCCUUGAAUUCGACUAUUGAGAUGAUGAGUAUUGGCCUUUCAUCAUCAAUAGCAGCAGACUGGAACCAGCCUUUACUUGGUGGUGGAAGAAUAGAGAACAAUUAUCAUCCCAUGUCGCAAGAAGACCUAAAUUCAAGCUUGAAUUAUCAUGAAGAAACUGGGGAGGACUGCCCUCAGAUCCAAAAGGCCUUUGAACCGAUGAAUGGGGGUUUUUCUUUAGACCAACAACAGCCCUUAAAUUCCAUCACAAGCCCUGUUGAAAAUUCAGCAACUUGUCGAGGCUUAUCUACAAGCUUUCCAUUGAGUUCAACUUCAUAUGGUUACCCUUCAACUAUGCUGCAAACAAUAUUUGAUACAGAUUCUCAACCACAAGAGUCUUUUUUCGACAACCAGUCAAUGAAUUAUUCAUCUACAACAGAUUUUCUGACAAAUAUGAAUGAUUUUUUGCCUUCUUUGCCUAAAUUCUCUUCCUUGCUAAAGCCUUCUUUGCCAAAGCAGCAACUUUCUAGUCAUUUGCAGUCCUCCAACAUCACAAACUUUUGGAAUAAUGCCUCAGCUUCAGCUUUAAACGAUAUUCGGGCCAACCUUUUAGCUUCAACACAAUCUCAUCUUCUCACAUCAACGUUUAACCUUAGUGCAAAGCUUCAUAAUGAAGACUUCCAAGAACCAGGCUCCGUGUCAACGAAAACUAGCAGUGAGCCUGCUUUCAAAAGACCGCGAAUUGAAACACCGUCGCCAUUACCAACUUUCAAGGUCCGAAAAGAGAAGCUAGGGGACCGAAUAACUGCUCUACAGCAAUUGGUUUCACCUUUCGGAAAGACUGAUACUGCAUCGGUUCUCCAUGAAGCUAUAGAGUACAUCAAGUUCCUCCAUGAUCAAGUUGGUGUUUUAAGUACACCAUACAUUAAAAAUGGAGCUGCAGUUCAACGUCAACAGAUUCCUGAUAAAAUGAAGGACCAAGAGGAGCCAAAGCAAGACUUAAGAAGCCGAGGGCUUUGCCUCGUGCCAAUAUCGAGCACUUUCCCAGUUGCCACCGAGACUACAGCUGAUUUCUGGACACCAACAUUCGGAGGAACAUUCAGGUAGAAAUGAGGGAGCUAAAGUAAAUAUAGCCAUGGAACUCAUUUUCUGCAACUAUUCUUAUACAUGCCUAGCAAAACUGGGCAUGACACCUUUAACUUAUAAAGAAAAUCAAAGAAUGAAAGCCACAUUGGUAUGUUUUUCAAGCAUUGAAGAAAAGAAAGACAAAGGGAAAGAGAGAGAGAUAGAGAGAGAAAAAGGAAGUGACCCUCCAAGGAAGGACAGCCAAAGAUGGGCCAGCUACAGGCAGAAUGAUGUAGGCUAGCAAAUGAUUUGGUUCCAUUAAAGGAUAAUGUAGAGUUUUCAAAUAACUUGUACUAUAUAGUUAGAGGUGGGUUAGGAACAAAGAAAAGGUUCUUAAUUUAGCUGGAAGUGUAUAUUAGUUUAGGAGAAUGUGAUGUUGUUGUUGAGCUAAAUUAAGGGGCUUUUGUUCUUGUUCCUAAUACAUGUAGGGUUGGCACCACCUUUUACUUUGGUUGAAGAGAAAACAAAGAAUGAAAGAGAUUAUCAUUGAAUUUAAGAAAGAAGUGGGAGACUUAGUGUGUGGAGCUCAUUUAUUCGUCUAAACUUUAGACUUGUUUAUUUGUAUAGUGGA